ACAGAUGUGCAUCGCUGAGCUUUUUGUGACACAGAUGUACACGUCUACGAAAAUGCAAAACAAGAGACGUAAUUUACACUUUUGCUUGCUUUCAAUCGGCGUUCUCACGUAUGUUGCAAUUAAUUUCACGAACGGACAACAUCAUGGACACGCGCACGAUGAACCGGCGUCGUUUAAAUAUUCACAGCAGGCAAACGAAGAGCCACCGGCUGCGGAUGUGAACCACGGCCACGCACACAGUCAUGGACACGGAGGACACGGGCAUGCUCACAAGCAUGGAGAUCAUGGUCACGCACAUUCCCAUGGUAGCAAUGAUCAUGGUCACGCACAUUCCCAUGGUGGCAAUGAUCAUGGUCACGCACAUUCCCAUGGUGGCAAUGAUCAUGGUCACGCACAUUCCCAUGGUGGCAAUGAUCAUGGUCACGCACAUUCCCAUGGUGGUGGUAAUCAUGGCCACUCGCAUGGGAAGAAGGAUCAAGGCCAUGUACAUUCGCACGGUAAAGAAAAACAGGAGCCUGUGAAAAAGUCCGAACCAAAACAGGAGCCUCUGAAGAAGUCCGAACCAAAAGUAAAGAAUACUGGUAUGAAACUCUGGAUAGAGGCUUUGUCUGCCACAGCAAUAAUCAGUGUAUCGCCUGUAUUUAUUCUACUGUUCAUUCCACUUGACAAUACUGACCAACAUCAACCUCUUCUGAAGAUUCUGCUCAGCUUUGCGUCUGGUGGAUUGCUGGGAGAUGCUUUUCUACAUUUGAUUCCUCAUGCUGUGGCCCCACAUUCACAUGGUGGUGAAGACCACGGCCAUUCACAUGAUCACGGACAUUCGCAUGGCGAAGGGGGCCAUUCUCAUGACAUGUCGGUAGGUCUUUGGGUCCUCGCUGGGAUCAUCACUUUCCUUAUCGUGGAGAAGUUUGUAAGGAUUGUGAAAGGUGGACACUCGCACUCACAUUCUCAUGCACCACCAGCAGUUGCAGACAAGAAGGAUGAGAAGCAAAGCAAAGAUGACAAGAAAAAGUCUGAUGAUGACACGGAAUCCUCUGACAAAAAAACUGAAACUGACAAAAAGACAGAUGAGACUAAACAUGUAGAAGUUGUGGAAGAUAUUAAGGUGGCUGGCUACCUCAACCUGGCUGCAGAUUUUGCUCACAACUUUACGGAUGGGCUAGCAAUUGGUGCUUCAUUCAUGAUGGGGCAGAGCUUGGGAAUCAUCACAACAAUAACUAUCUUCCUGCAUGAAAUUCCUCAUGAGAUUGGUGAUUUCGCCAUACUGGUACAAUCUGGUUGUACAAAGAAAAAGGCAAUGAUGCUGCAGUUUAGCACAGCCAUUGGGGCGAUGCUGGGGACCGUCUGCAGUCUGUUUGCAGAGGGUAUCGGAAACGAAGCCACAGCCUGGAUCUUGCCAUUCACCGCUGGUGGCUUCAUUUACAUCGCUACUGUGUCUGUAAUACCUGAGCUUCUAGAGGACACAAAGCUUGGGCAGUCCAUUAAAGAGAUCUGUGCUCUACUUGUCGGUGUUUACAUGAUGGUUCUUAUAGGGCAAUAUGAGUAAAGUUAGUCUAUAAAAUAGUUGUCCUUGAAAACAUUAUUUUUUCUUCUCUGUGCUUACCUGAGCAUGCCGUGCUCAUGGAAAGCUAUUGUGGUCAGACUAUGUUAAGGAUUUUUUUUGGCCCGAUUUUAUAGCCGAAAUUCGACUAUGUUCCCAAUCCCAAAAAGUAUACUUUUUUCCCAAAAUGUCGCAAAAAAUUCCCAAUUGCCAAAAAAAAAAAAAUUUUUUUUUUUUUUUUUUAGAAAGAAGUCUUAUGUAUAUUUUAUCUCAAUUUUAAUUCCAUUACAUCUAACAAAGUAUUAUAUGAUUUUUUUCUUUUAAUUUGAAUGAUUAUAAAGAGUUAAAUCAAAUUUAGUAUUUCCCUAAUCAGUGGACUUUUCGUGUGGAAAAAAAGGCUAAUGAAUAUAUUUUCCCAAUUUCAUGAAAAUGCCGAUAAAAUUCCCAAUUCCAAAGCCAUGGGCUAUCUUCCCAAAAAGUGGAAAAAAAAACCUGAUGUUAAGCGUCCUGUUUUGUUAUCUGUAAGCUUAUAGCUAGUUAUCAAUCAAGAGGCCAAAUUCAGUUCACAAACUCAAUAUAACUUGGUCCGAAUGUUUAUCUUGAUGAUAUCUUGGUAGAGUUCAAAUCUGGGUAAUGUUCCCCCAAAACAAGGUCACCAGAUUAAUUAGUAUAUAUAUAUCUUUUAACCUUUAUAAACAACACAUUAAGACUUAUUGGUGAAACUUGGUCGAAUGAUUAUCUUUACAAUGUCAAGGCCAUGUUGAAAUAUGGGUCAAAAGUGAUAAAAAAAAAAACAGUUCACCAGGUCAAGUCUUCAGCCAUUUCUGUACCUUUGACUCAGGUGAGCGUGUUUGUUCUAUCAUGGUCCACUUGGAUUAGCAGUAUCUUAUUAGGAAUACAUUAAAUUGUCUUGACUUUGUAUAGUUGAUGUUCAUUAUGUACUGUUUCAUUUCAUGCUCAGUAAAUAUUGCAGAUUUUCUUUCUAAACAUUGUGAUCAUGAUUGAAUGACAGUUGUGGAUAUGUUCACUAAAAGUAUAUUGUUUAAUUUUAGUUCCAACAUUUUGAAGUAUUGAUUAUUCUUCUGGACGACAUAAUGUUUGUGUUUAACCAAAAAACUAUUUAAAAGUGUCACUCUGUUGCUGUUUUACUUUAUUUUAUUUGUCAUUCAAUUGAGUGUGUUUGAAGCUUUGACAAUUGAUGUUAGCAGCUGUAGAAAAGAGUUGCUCACAUAGCCAACUUAAAUGACUUGAUGGAAGUAACUUGCUAGUUCACUGUUUUUCAGCACUGCAGUUAAUAUUUGAUAUGGUAUGCUAGUCAUUCCACUAAAAGACAUCUUUCAGUUUCAUUAUACCAUGUUCAAAGAAAACUGUGCAUUUGAUUAUUGUAUUUAAAAUUAACAAGAUUCAGUAUGGUUAGUUAAAUACAAAGACAUUUGUCUUCAAACCUCUUGCAUGCAUUGUUUUGGAUAUUAUUAUGUAAAAAAGAGCUUGUAUAAAUGUUUUAUGUAUUAUUAAACUAUGAUAUACUUAACAUAUCAUUUGUAUUUACAUAAUUUAUGUUGGCAAUGUGCAGUGAUGAAUUGAAUGUUAAUGGUGAUAAAGUCAUUUUACUUUCAGAAUAUGUCUACAAAUAUUAAUAAUGUUUGGGUUUUUGUUGCAAAAUUUGUAGGAAUUUACUUGGUCAAGUGAAAUCAUUAUAUUGCAUUUACUAAUAAUGCUUGUUUUAGAAUGUUUAUUUCUUAUUUAUUUCAUUUUUUCCAGUGUUAAAGUGUUUUUGAGGCUUAUCUAUUGUGGCUUGUCUGACUUUGAAUGUAACCUUUGUUUCCGUUAUAAUUGUUGACAACCAGUGUCUCCUUGGAAAAAACAUAACUCCAACACAAAUUUGCAAAUCGAAAACAUUUUGUUUUAAAAUUUGUCAAUUUAUCUAAACGUGAAAAGGUCCCUCUUAAUUAUUGACAAAACUGUAUUGACAGUGUUUGAAUGUCUAUCUUACCUGCAAGAUUGUAACUUAUCUCAUAUGAUGUAAUUUUCUUCACGUUAUUCAAAACUGUAUGCGUGUGCUGUUGUUUUGUAUAAGGGGUUGAGCGCUGUAAUUAAGAUUUUAUGCCCCCAGUAGGAGGGCAUAUAGUGAUUGGACUGUCCGUCCGUCUUUCCGUCACACUUUGCGUGUAGGUUUCGAAAAAUGCUCAUAACUUCUAUGUUCCUUGACAUGUAACCUUCAUAUUUGGUAUGCAUGUGUAUAUGGACAAGGCCUUUCCAUAUGCACACAAAUUUUGACCCCUGUGACCUUGACUUUGAACUAAGGGUCCGCGUUUAGGUUUCGAAAUCUGUGUUUAGGUUUCGAAAAAUGCUCAUAACUUCUAUGUCCCUUGAGAUAUAACCUUCAUAUUUGGUAUGCAUGUGUAUAUGGACAUGGCCUAUCCAUACGCACACAAACCUGUGACCUUGACGUUGAACUUAGGGUCCGCGUUGAGGUUUCGAAAUCUGCGUUUAGGUUUCGAAAAAUGCUCAUUACUUCUAUGUCCCUUGAGAUAUAACCUUCAUAUUUGGUAUGCAUGUGUAUAUGGACAAGGCCUUUCCAUACGCACACAAAUUUUGACCCCUGUGACCUUGACCUUGAACUUAGGGUCCGUGUUUAGGUUUCGAAAUCUGCGUUUAGGUUUCAAAAUAAAGCUUAUAACUUCUAUCAAGCGUUUAUAGGGGGCAUAAGUCAUCCUAUGGUGACAGCUGUUGUUUAUAACAUAAAAUAUCGGGAGCUAUGCUUACCCAACAGCUAUAAUACAAAAUAAAAUUGUAUUUCACUGACUAUAUGUUUGGUGAUGGUCUGACAUGUGUGUGGUGUUUGCAAGUAGUGAUCAUGAGCUAUAUAUGUACAUUAUUAUAUUAUAUGUCAUAGGGACUUUCAAUUACAUGCAAUAAAAGUUGCCUUUAAUAAUUAAGUUAUGUUUUAGAACAAUAAGGAGUAUGCUUGUGUGCAUCAUGCAGAUGUAAGUUAAGAUUUGUAGAGGAAUACAUUAUAUUGGCAUAUGGACAGGUAUGAGUAUUCAGACAUUAUAGUUGUUAAGAUGCUUACAGCACGUGCUGAUUGCUGAUGUGUACAGAAGUGUUUACAGUUCCUAGUUUCAAGGUAAAAUACAAGAGUAUAAAGAGUAUAAACAAGUGAAGUCAAAGUCAAAUUUAGUAUUCUUAAUAUUAAUAUAAAACGUUAAAGGCUUUUUCACAAAAUCUUUUGCAUGUUCAUGGCUUUGCUUUAACAGCGCAAUAAUAUUGUUAUCAUUUAAUUGAAAUUAAUAGGUAUUGAAAAAUGUUGUAAAGCUAUGUAAAUAUGUUUAAAAUGCUUACCAAACAGCUAUAAUACAAAAUAAAUUGUAUUUACACUGAUUUUAUAUUUGGUGAUGGUCUGUCACGUGUGUGGGUGGUGUUUGUACUUAGUGAUCAUGAGCAAUAUAUGUCCAUAGGCACUUUGAAUUAAUAAAGGGAUUGAAAUGUU